UGUUGGGGGCGGGAAGCGCGUGGAGGCGCCUCACACCUGGCGGGGCUCAAGAUGGCGGCGCGUGGUUACCUGCUGCUCCUCACCUGCAUCCUGGCCCAUUUACCUCUGGUGCGCUUCAUUUCAGAGCUUGCCCGUCUACCUGAAGGAAGAAUUCUACAUGAAGACAACACUCACAGACAGCAUAGUCAAAUCUCCAUGGUGGGGCAUAGAAGUGAACCCCCUCCCAGAUUGCAUGGAGGUCACCCAAGGAAAGUGCCAUCAUUCCUUGAAGCAGAGCAGCAGAAAAAUAAGCCAUUGCCAUUUAGGCGUAGACAACGCAGUUCCCGCAAAUUAUUUCCUGCCGGUGAAGACCUUGAAGUAGUUGAGGAUACGAUGACUGAACACAAAGAAUAUUAUUUACCCACACCUCCACCUAGAAUGAAUUCACAUGUAUAUCAAGAUCUUGUCCAUUAUGGUGAAGAGGAAAUGAUCAGAAAUGGACCCAGAGAAGUUACAAUUCCUGAACCUUCGUUUGGAGUCACUCCACAUAUAUAUCAAGAUCCUGUUUUUCAAAAUGAAUGGGACAUAAAUCAUGGAAGAAGGCAGAAUAUGAUCAGAAUGCCACAUUAUGAGUCUUUGGAACAGAAGUUUACAGAUUUAGAAGAUGAAAAGUUGAGGCAGGCUCAUAAGCACCACAAUAGUCGUGAACAGGAACACAGACGUGAACAUAAACAUAAGCAUGAGCUUGAACGUGGACCUAUUAUUGAGCGUAAUAAUUAUUGGAUACUCGGGCAACGACGCUUCAGAAUGAUCGUUAUCAUUAUUUUAGCUGUUAUCGUGUGUUUAAUUAUAUUACUGAUGUUGGUCUGGUUUAUUCACCCGAGAAAAAAUGUAAGGAAAACACGUAGCAAAAAUUGACAACGUAAAAUGAGGAAUUUGAACCUUGUCAGGAUGGAAAUUCAACACUAGCCAGUAAGGGCUGGCAGCAUGGAAACUAACCAUUUAAUCAGUUGACAAAGUAUAUUUUGUUGGUGUGUAACUAUAAACAGGACGCUUUUCAUAUUCA